GCUUGGCCGACCAAUUACACCGGGGCCGACACCGAGUAUAUAGAAGAGCCACGGCGGCUCCAGAGACUGAUUUCCGCUCGAAGAACCGCGAACCGAGCAUCCACGUUCAUCGACUCCUCCGCCCGUCACAGCCAUGAGACUUCCAAUCCUCCUUAUCGCCUUGUUCUUGGUUUCGACCACGAUGGCGCAAGAGAAGAACAGUCAACGUUCCUCUCGUGCACCGCAACUCAAGUAUCAAGAUCCGAACGGUCUAAAGAUCGAUUGGAAAUUUUUCGGCACCCUGAACCAGUUUCGACCUCGACAGAAAUCCAGCGAGCAAACGGAGGCGGAAUCUCAGCAGCCUCAGUCACAACUCGUCCAGAUCGAAUCCGACCGGUUGGAGCACAGAUCGUAUUUGCAACAGCCAGAGGCUGAACAGAUACAGUACAAAACGUUCGUUCAACCGAUCCAAUCAUCGGAUCCAAAUCAAAUUCACUACGGCAGAUACUCGAGUUCUCACGCGAACCAAGUGAUCGUGGAAGGGUUCAAACCCGCGAGUAUACAACAACCUGACCCCUCGUCCACCGUUUACGCUUAUCCUCAGCAACCUGGCCAACACGAUCAGCAAUCGGCCCAGUACGAGACGUCUGAGAAUUAUGAGGUGGAACAACAACGGAAAACCAGGCGAGAGUAUGCGAACAGGGGUAGAAUCGUGUACAAGGGGAGCUACGAGCAGCAGCAGCAGCAGCAACAGGAAGAGCCUCAGGUGGAGCACAUCGCUGUGCCCGUGGAGAGGCUUCCAUCGCCGAUCCCUCAGAAAUUGGUCAUCGAUAAGAACAUGCCUGUUCAGAUUCAACAGUUGCUCCAGUAUCAGGCACGAUUACCAUAUGAAGUGAUCGCCAACACUAUUACGUACAAGCCGAAAUCUUUGUUCGUGCCUAAGCCGCUUCCUGUGGACGGGAAGGGGCCGUAUCAGUAUCGAAGCAAGGUUUAUUACGUGAAUAAUGAACAGUAUGACGACGACUUCGACACGACCAAACCUGUUCAAGAGAACCAGAGGCAUUGAUGGAAUUUGGAAUUUGGAAUUUCAUUGGAGUUGGAGUUUUUUUAUUUUUGUUUGGUCGUAGAUUUGAUCGUUGAGAUUGGAAUUUUGAUUGAUUCGGUCAAAAGGAUGAUCGAAGAUUUGAUUUGAGUGAAAGGAAACGAAAAGGAUUCGUCGUCGUUUUUAUAUUAAUACUAGAAUUACUAAGAUGUAUAUCUGAAUGUAAAAUUAUUUAAAAAUAAUUAGAUAUAUUAAUCGUGUUGUUUGUCUGGAUAAAAAAUCUUGAUAAUAAUUUUGCUGAUAAUUAUAAAAACGAAAAUUUGAAACAAAUUUUUGUCCAUCAUUCAAAUUGGGAAAAUCGGAAAUAUUUCCAAUCUCGACAUAUUGAAGAAAGUUUACACAUUCUGAGUAAUAUGUAUAUUCUGGUAUAUCAUUAAGUCGCACAAAUUAUUUUAUUAAAUUCAGUCACUGACUUCAGCUUUAAUUUUUAUUCACGAUUCUUCUUACAGCUUUAAAUGGAUACAAUUGAUUAUCAAUUUUUUCGACUUGGAUUUCGUCAUAACGGCGAAACUCGAUUAUAGCUUGUAAUUCGUAUAUAAUAUAUCACUAUAUACUUAAAACAAAAA